AUGGGCAAACUACUAUUGUCUCUCUUCCCAUUCCUCUUCCUAAUAAUAGGCGUGUCAGCACAAUUUCAAUUCUUCGAGCAAAUGUUCAACGGACAACAACAGCAGCAGCGUCAACCACAAGAUGUGCCUAGUGAUUCGCAAUGGUAUCAGGAUAAUUAUGAUCGAGCCCACUGUGCAUCCUACCUUUGCCCGGGCACCCUCUCCUGCGUCGCCUUCCCACACCACUGUCCCUGCGCGCACCCAACCUACGAGGAGAAAUUCGAGCUCGCAAACGGAAACGCAAUCUGUAUAUCGAAAGGAGGGUUUAAAGCUGGAGAGGCAGCGAGGAAGGUGGAAUUGGCCAGGAAGGGAUUGAUUUGA